CGCUUCUUAGAACCGCCCCCAACCUCUCUGAGGCUGACUGGGUGACCCAAGCGGCCAAUCAAUCAUUGAGAGGCGGUUCACGGUGGUCCACACUAUUUCCAUGGCUAUCUCCGACCAUUCCAAUGAUUCUCAAACUGAAACUCCGCUGCUGCUGGAUACCGUCGACGGUGCCGUCGAUUUCAAAGACCGUCCAGUACUCCGAGCUUACUCCGGUGGUUGGCGAGCAGCGGCAUUCAUUAUUGUUGUGGAAGUGGCGGAGAGGUUUGCUUACUAUGGAAUCGAUUCGAACCUCAUAAAUUAUCUGACGGGGCCCCUGGGGCAAUCUACGGUGACGGCGGCGGAGAACGUGAAUAUCUGGUCUGGAACGGCGUCGUUGUUUCCUCUGCUUGGUGCUUUUGUUGCCGAUUCUUUUCUCGGUCGUUACCGAACCAUCAUGCUGGCAACCUUCAUCUACAUUUUGGCACUGAGCUUGUUGACUCUAUCAGCUUUGCUUCCUUUCAGCAAUGCUGAUUGUCAAUUUGCUAAUAGCAGCUCUUGUUCCGAGCUCCAAGUAAUUUUAUUUUUCUUCUCUUUAUAUCUUGUUGCUCUUGCACAAGGCGGACACAAGCCAUGCGUACAGGCUUUUGGAGCUGAUCAGUUUGAUAGGGAACAUCCAGAAGAACGGAAGGCCAGAAGCUCAUUUUUCAACUGGUGGUAUUUUACUUUCACUGCAGGUCUCUUAGUAACUAUUUCAAUAUUGAACUAUAUCCAGGAUAAUGUUGGUUGGGCUUUUGGGUUUGGAAUCCCUUGCAUUGCGAUGGUUAUUGCAUUGGUUGUAUUCUCUUGUGGAACUUGGAAUUAUCGGUUUAGCAUCCAAGGAGAUGGAAAGAGCCCAUUUUUGAGAAUCAGUAAGGUGUUCGUUGUUGCCCUACGCAAUUGGCGAACUACACCCUUUGCAAUAGCUAGUGAAGAGGAAGCUCGUGGUAUUAUGCCUCAUCAAGGUUCUGAACAGUUUAGGUUCCUUAACAAAGCACUAGUUGCCCCAGAUGGUUCUGGAAAAGAUGGGAAAGUUUGUGAUGUUUAUGAGGUUGAAGAAGCAAAGGCAAUCCUUAGACUUUUUCCAAUAUGGGCCACUAGUUUGAUUUAUGCUGUUGUGUUUGCUCAGUCUCCUACUUUCUUUACGAAGCAAGGUGUUACAUUGGACAGGGAAAUUUGGCCUGGUUUUCUUGUACCAGCUGCUUCUCUUCAAUGCUUCAUUAGUCUUUCCAUUGUAAUUUUCAUUCCUAUCUAUGAUCGCAUUGUUGUUCCUAUAGCGCGAGCCAUCACUAGAGAAUCCUCUGGCAUUUCCAUGCUACAAAGAAUUGGAACUGGGAUGUUUUUUUCUAUUAUUUCUAUGGUUGUUGCAGCCUUUGUCGAGAUGAAAAGACUCAAAAGGGCUCGAGAUUAUGGGCUAAUUGAUAUGUCUGAUGUGACAAUUCCAAUGAGCAUCUGGUGGUUAAUUCCUCAGUAUGUCUUGUUUGGAAUUUCUGAUGGUUUCACAAUGGUUGGUUUGCAAGAGUUCUUUUAUGACCAGAUCCCAGAUGAAUUAAGAAGUGUGGGCCUUGCCCUUUACUUGAGCAUUUUUGGUGUCGGGAGCUUUCUAAGCAGCUUUGUUGUCUCCUGCAUCGAAAAAGUGACAGGUGGAGAUGGUCACAAUAGUUGGUUUGCUAAUAAUCUUAAUCGUGCUCAUCUUGAUUACUUCUAUGCUCUGCUUGCUGCUCUUAGUAUGGUGGAGCUGGCUGCCUUCUUGUUCUUUUCAAAGUCCUAUAUUUACAAGCGAGUAAACCCCUAGAAGAAGAAACCUGCUAUCUGAACGAUGGCAAGCAUCUAGGAAGCAACAAAAAGACUCCCGUUUGCUAAAGCGCAUCCCAAAAUUGAGAAAUUCAUUAUUUGGGCCUUAUUGGAGAGAACUUGCUGAUCGAUUCUUGUUCUAUAACGCGGCUAUCCUUCUGCAAUAUUCAACUUGUAUAUAUAGUAAUAUAUGUUCAGUUGUACACUAUGAUAAGGAAUUAGUUUGAUUAUAUUCGCUCAUCAUCUUUUAUUUCCCAUGUGAAUCUUCAAGUUCUAUCAUUCACUUGUGCUUUCCUAUU